UGUCAAUGAUCCAGAGCGCGAGCGGGCGCGACGUACGGGCGAGCCGCGCCUCGUUAAAUAACGGCCGCUCUGUACUUGGCUCCUUCGCCUCGCCGAGUCACAUUUGCCACAUCGGGGGAAGGUAGGAGCUCGGCGGGAGACCAGCAAGAUGUUCCGAGCGAUGCAGGCCGUGCUCAGGGGGGAGAGCCGUAGUGCUGCGUCGGCGGCGGCGGCUGGCUUCGUCGGUCAGUGUGGCUACUCCACGGCCCCCAGCUCCCAGAGGCUGGCUGGUAAGGUGGCCGUGAUCACCGGCGCCGCUAGCGGCAUCGGCAAGGCGACCGCGGCGGAGUUCGUCAGGAACGGCGCCAAGGUCGUGCUCGCCGACGUGCAGGACGACCUGGGCCGCGCCCUGGCGGCCGAGCUCGGCGCAGACUCCGCGUCCUACACCCGCUGCGACGUCACCGACGAGGCGCAGGUUGCCGCGGUGGUGGACCUCGCCGUGGCCCGCCACGGCAAGCUGGACAUCAUGCUCAACAACGCCGGCAUCGUGGGCUCCCUGGCGCGGCCCGAGCUGGGCGCGCUCGACCUCGCCGACUUCGACGCCGUCAUGGCGAUCAACACCCGGGGCGUCAUGGCCGGGGUGAAGCACGCGGCCCGCGUCAUGGCGCCGCGCCGCGCGGGCAGCAUCAUCUGCACGGCCAGCAUCGCCGGCGUGCUGGGCCAGCUGACGCCGCACCCGUACAGCGUCUCCAAGUUCGCGGUGGUGGGGCUCGUGCGCUCCGUGGCGGGGGAGCUGGCGCGCUCGGGCGUGCGCGUCAACGCCAUCUCGCCCAACUACAUCCUGACGCCGCUGGUGAAGCGCAUCCUGGAGGAGUGGUACCCGGAGGCGAGCGGCGAGGAGCAUCGGCGGAUCGUGGAGGGCGACAUCAACGAGAUGGAAGGGGUGGUGCUGGAGGUGGAGGACAUCGCCAAGGCGGCGCUGUACCUGGCGUCCGACGACUCCAAGUACGUCAACGGCCACAACCUCGUCGUUGACGGCGGGUUCACGGUGGGGAAGGCACCCAACAUGCCGGCACCGGCGGCACAGUGAAGGGACACAAUCAGAGUCUACCGGAACAAAUCUGUUUAUUUCUUCUUCUUUUUUGCGGGUGAAAUCUGUUUAUUUCUUCAGCAUUGCCAAAGAAAACCUUCGUUCAAAAACUGAAAUAUGUCCACAUACAUCUGUUUCAGCGACGACUAAUGAAACGGAGGGAAUAUGUUUCAACGGGCA